GCGCGCGCCCGCGCUCUCGCACACUGCCUGCUCUCGCACACUCCCUACUCCCGCAGUCCUCUUUCUGCAGCAGAUUUUGCGUCAACUCGCUGCCGUGCGCCCGACGUGCAGUAACGCCAGCCAGCCCCGCGCCAGCCAGCAGAUCAUCGCCGUUUCGGACCUCAAGACUCUAAAAAUGGCAGAGCAACUUUCCCCAGGAAAGGCGACAGACCAGGUGUGCACCUUUCUUUUCAAAAAGCCUGGGCGAAAAGUGGCUGCAGGCCGCAGAAAGCGCCCGAUCUGCAACCAGGAGUCCGGAGACAGCAGCAGCAGCAGUGACGAAGGGAACACUGUGGUUCGCCCGGAAAAGAAGCGAGCGGUCCACAAUCCGAUGAUCCAGAAGACCCGUGGCAGUGGUAAACAGAAGGUGGCAUACGGCGACCUGAGCAGCGAGGAGGAGGAGGAGAACAAACCCGAGAGUCUCGGCGUGGUCUAUAAGUCCACUCGCUCGGCGAAGCCCGUGGGGCCGGAAGAUAUGGGGGCGACUGCUGUCUACGAGCUAGACACAGAGAAGGAGCGUGACGCACAAGCCAUCUUUGAGCGCAGCCAGAAGAUCCAGGAGGAGCUGAGGGGCAAGGAGGAUGACAAGAUCUAUCGGGGAAUCAAUAAUUAUCAGAAAUACAUGAAACCCAAGGAUACGUCUAUGGGCAAUGCUUCCUCCGGAAUGGUGAGGAAGGGCCCCAUCCGAGCUCCCGAGCAUCUGCGGGCCACCGUGCGCUGGGAUUACCAGCCCGACAUUUGUAAAGACUACAAGGAGACUGGCUUUUGUGGCUUCGGAGACAGCUGUAAAUUCCUCCAUGACCGUUCAGAUUACAAGCACGGGUGGCAGAUCGAACGCGAGCUUGAUGAGGGUCGCUAUGGCGUCUAUGAGGACGAAAACUAUGAAGUGGGAAGCGAUGAGGAGGAAAUACCAUUCAAGUGUUUCAUCUGUCGCCAGACCUUCCAAAACCCAGUUGUCACCAAGUGCAGGCAUUAUUUCUGCGAGCGCUGCGCGCUGCAGCAUUUCCGCACCAGCCCGCGCUGCUAUGUCUGUGACCAGCAGACCAAUGGCGUCUUCAAUCCGGCGAAAGAAUUGAUUGCUAAACUGGAGAAGCACCGAGCUGCAGAAGAGGGUGGUGCUUCCGAUUUCCCAGAAGACCCCGAUGAGGAUCCAGUUCCCAUUACUUAAAUUUCCCCAUUAUUCUCAAAUCUCAAAAUAAACGUUUUGUUGUUUUGGAAAUCUUAA